CGAAGCGCCGGCCAACUAAAGCCGAGCCAUUAGGCCAGCCGAAGCCAGCCGCAACAAAGUCGUAAAAUGGCGCCCAUUUGACAUGGCGCAGGACCGUGUUGAGAGUUUUAAAAGUCAUUUUGGCGCAUUUUUGUUCUAAUAAGGUGACGUGUGAACACGUAAAUAGCAAUGCAGAACGAAAGCUCUCCACGCGAUAAGCGGCCUUUGUUCGCCCAAGGAGUCAUAUAUCCGUCGCCACCAGCGUCGCCGUACCGGAGCCCGAAUGGCGGGCAGCAGCAGCAGCAACCGUCCUACGCGCCGAACUUUUCUUCACCAAGUCAGACCCACUCAGGUUCUCCAUAUUCCUCACCUAGGUUCAGCACGCCCGUUUAUGGCCACCACCCCAGACAGCCAAAGUACCCGAGAGAAAGCUACGGUUCGCCACGAUCGCCGUGGCAACAGCAAGGUUACCACGGUUAUCCAUCACGCCAACGCUUUUCUUCUAAUCGGCUGUCUUCGGGCUCUCGAGGAUCCAGUUGGUCCGGAUCGCCGUUCCAGUCGCCCCGUGACGGAGCCAGCAGUGGUUCCAAGAGCUAUGUCAAGCCAUCCAUGGUCGAAGACCCGUGGGCAGAGCUGCAAGACAUGCUUCAGGUCAAGAAAGGUCAACCGGGCAAUGCUUCCGCAAACACGACCACGGAAGAGUCACCUGCAGAGACUGCGUUCGACGUCAAUGCAUCACAGUCGGACAACAGCGAGCAGUGUACGGCUGACACUGGCAGUAAACCCUUGGCCGAAGAACCUGAGCUAAUUGCAGACGAAAAACAGUGCUCUUAGCAGCAGCCAGAGACUGCUCUCGUGUUAAGUGCUCUUGUGGACGUCAAUAACGUGCGCCCAGUGUGGCGUGCUUGCUCAAUGACCUGGACCAAUGGCCUCCCAUGAACAUUGCAUGCGUGUGUUGUAGUGCUUGUGCCAAGCACGAGCGCCAGCUCACCAUUUUUUUAAUUGCAAGUUGCGCCACUUUCUUCGGAGACUGUACUCACGUAUGUAAAUGCUCUGAAGAACCGUUUUCUCGACUUACAUUAACAAUUGAGUCCCAUGCCACUGCAUCAAGCUGUAAGUAAAGCACAUCACUGCACCAUCAAAUCUUCAUUUAUGUUCACUCUGAAAGGUUGCAAUGGUCUGUGCACCAUAAAGCAGAGCCUAAUGUUCAGACAUUGUCCUUUUCAUAUUUUAAAUAAGGUGCCAUGAGUUUCAAGGGCAAUUUGCAUGGUUAUAGGCAAAAAUGCUACACGUCCCAACCUGAGCCAUAGUCUGCUACGCUUACUGCAGUUGAUCGGAGAAGCGCCAGAUUGCGUGAGGCAUCUGGAAUAAAACAAUUCAUUCCUAGUUGGUGGAAGAAAAGCGCGCACGUGGAAGAAAUGCAAAGCACCAGGGUGCAGGUUGGACUCCCGGCCGCAUGUCGAUGGGGUGAUACGCAUUGAUGUAGGUGUGCAAUAGAAAUCAAUUCGGAGCCCCCACUUCAGCUUGCCUCGUCAGCCUAUCAAGGUUGUAGCAUGUAAUAAACCCCCCUCAUGAGUCUGGUUACAGGAAAUAAAAAUGUAUAGUGACUUACCAUUUCAGCUAGCACAGCUGUUUGAAGCCUUCACCGGAGUACCUGAAUGCAGAAGACAGCCAACAGUCACAAUGAGCAUCUAGAUCCUUUACAAGGUGUUAAGUACACAAACAUCAGGAAUAGACACUUGGAGAGAAGUUUCAUGGGCUAACAUUUCAGAGCUCCACCAACCAGUGCCACCACCAUCACUCAAUAAAGGUACCAACUGUGUACAGACCCUCAUAUUUUUUCUUCUGCCAUGACAGUGCAACAAUAUCAAAAGUGCAUGAUGCAAUGGCAUCACCAUGGUCACACAUGUCCAGAUAAACAGUAUCAAACUCAAGAAAAAAAAAAAUCUCGGCACUUUCCAAUGCUUCACACUGGUAACUGCUGAUAAACGGCAGAAAGAUC